AUGCCCCAGCUUCUCCUCCUCCUCCUCCUCCUUGCCCCGUGCCUCGCCGCUCUCUCCACCAUCCCCUCGGGUCCGGCCGCCACCGACGAUGCCGCGGCGCGGGCGCUGCUGGCGGAGCUGACCCAGCACCUUCCCCCCCAGCCCCUGCCGGGGGUCUCCUGCCCCACGCUGCACCCCACAGCCCUCCCCGGCUUCACCCGGCUGCCGCCGGCCCCCCGCGCCCUGGCCCGAGCCGCCCUGGCGCUGGCGCUGAGCGCGGCCUCCUGCGAGCCGCAGGCGCGGGCCGAGCUGCCGCCGCUGUCCCGGGAGCUGGGCCCCGAGGCGGCCGCGGCGCUGCUGCGGGGACUGGCGCGGCUCCGGGCCACCCCGGCCCCCCGCGCCCUGGCCCCGCUCCUCCUCAGCCUGGCACGGCCACAGGGCUCGGGGGGGCCGUGCGUGGCCCAGCGGGACCCCGCAGCCGCCGGCCGGUGCCGCCGCGGCGCCGAGGACGCGUGUGACCCGCCGGGCGAGCGCGAGGCCCACGGCGUGCUGCAGUGGGUGCCGGCCGCCGGCGCCUUCUACAACCUGGGCACCAGCAUCUACUACGCCUUCCAGGGCUGCGACGCUCUGGCUUCCAGCCGGGCGCUGGAGGCGGCCGAGGACCUGGGCUACGCCGGCCUGUCCGCCAUCGUGGCCAGCGUGGGCGGCCCCGCGGCUCUGGGCGUCCAGCUGGGGCUGCAGCCGGGGCUCAAGGCCGGGGUGAGGGCGCUCAUCCGCUAUUUCACCUCCGCCGGGGCCCCGCUGCCGGUGCCCACCGCGCACAGCGGCGCCGUCCUCGUCGUCUGA